UCUUUCUUCCCUGCGUUUCCUAACAAAAUACUGGAUUAUGUUGACCAGUCUAAAGUUCGUUUAGUAUUACGUCAAAAGUUCUAUUAUUACUCAGCACUCGAUAAAUUCAAAGUGAAAUGAUUUGGACUUUGGUUACAAAAGUGAUAUUGCCCAUUGCGCUGGCUUCCGGCUACAAUUACUGCAACAACAAGACGCAUAGCUGCGUCCAGAACGGCAUGGAGCACUUCAUGUGCCGACUGAACAAAUUCGCCCCUUUCGGAGGCAGUACCCAGUUUCACGCCAUGGUUCCGGAUACUCCAGAGCUGCGAGAGGAUAUUCUCAGCAUUCUGAACAAUUUUAGAGACUCUUUCGCAGCGGGGGAACUGAUGACGAGCGAGAACAAGACCUUCUCGAAGGCCAAAAGGAUGCGCUGCCUGAUCUGGGACAAUGAACUGGGCUACAUGGCCCGCAGACACGCCUCCACCCUGUCCUUCAAGCACUCCGAUUGCCGGUCCACCCAGCGUUUCCCCUACGUGGGCGAGUGCCUGGCCAUGAUAACCCCCAAGCACAAGCUCAAGAUCCACGAGAUCCUCGUGAAGAUGUUCCGCGAGAUGUUUAACGAGCAUCAGAACGUCCUGGAUCCAGAGGGUCUCCUCAGCGGCUUCGAUUCCAACAGGGAUGACGAUUGCGCCCACUUCGCCAUCAUUGUCAGCGAUCGAGUGUCUCGCGUGGGAUGUGGUAUCGCCGUGGGCAGCAACUGCCGGUACGGGUCAUCCACCACGUACUGCCACUUUCUUACCUGCCACUUCGACUUCAACAACUUGAACGGAUCGUAUGUGUACAAAGCCGGGGAUCCCAGCAGUGGCUGCGGCGACUGGGACACGACGGGCAGCACCGAGUAUUCCAAUUUGUGCCAGAACAAUGGCCAGAUUUUCCCCCCGGACCAUGGCAGCAAUAAAAAAAUAAAAGAUGAUGCGGAGGAUCAGGACGAUGGGCAAGAAUGAAAGUCCGUUUGUGAGGUGUUUAAUAUGUUCGUACAUUUAUAUAUUUUUGUAUGCUCCUGCCUAGGGGUUCAGAAGCACAGGAGACCAACUGUGAAUCCGAAAUACAAUCCUUACAAUCCUA